UACUGAGAAACCAAUGCCAAGUCUUGUUGUCUCGUCCAAAAAGCGACCAACAAAGAUUGACAAGUUUGCAGAGAGUNGAAUUUUCCAUGACAUAGUUGCAAAGAAGAAAAGGCUUCAUAAAGCGAAUUCACUUUUUUUUGUUGCAAGUGAUUUCUUGGAUCUGAAAAGGAGAUAUCAAGUUGUUAAGGAAUAUGUAAAGGGGUACAAUACGCUUAUUGUAUGGAUAAUUUGGGGGAAUAGUAGGGGAAUAUUGUCCCGAUGUAGGGGCAGUGUUUGGAGAGUGGAACAUACUUUUUUGCUUCACUUUCUUUCGUACAGACAUUAACGAGCCCUUGUCGUUGACGACUAGAACACAGUUCUUGGCUAUGGAUAAAACUGUACUCCAAUCC